AUGGAUUUAUCUUGUGGGUGUAAACUGCAGGAAAAUCUACUGCCCCCAUUUCACUCAUCAGUUAAUCCUUCUAUUGGUUCACACUUUGCAAGUUCAAGCAAUGUGAAAGAAAUUCAAAGUGUCACACCUGACUCUAGCGAGGUUGAAAGUUUGUCUACGCCCACUGUUCCUGAUGCUGUUGAAGUCAAAGAUGACGAUGAGUCCGGAACACAGAAUACAGUGCAUACUGAGGCAGAUGAUAGCAUUGAGGAGCCCAAGUUGGGGAUGAUGUUUACAUCAGAAGAAGAAUUACAUUCUUAUUAUAAGAAAUAUGGAAAACAAUGUGGUUUCGGAAUAAGUAUACAAAGUAGUAAGAGGUAUAAGGAUGGGACUCUUAGAUAUAUCACACUCGGUUGUGCCCGUGGAGGGAAGGCACGGAACCGGACGUCAAAUGUUUCGAGGCCACGUCCGACAUCAAAAACAGAAUGUAAGGCAAAGAUAAAUGCUACGUUUGUUGAUGGGAUGGUGAAAGUGUUGAGUGUACACAAUGAGCACAACCAUGGCCUAAGUCCACAGAAAUCAAGGUUCUUUCGCUGCAAUAGAGAAGUGAGCGAGUCUGUGAAGAGAGUCUUAGAUACAAAUGAUCAGGCCGGGAUCCGAAUGAAUAAGAGUUUUGCCUCUCUUGUGCAAGGAGCGGGUGGGUAUGAAAAUUUGCCAUUCUUAGAAAAAGACUGUCGUAAUUACAUUGAUAAGGCACGUCACAUUCGAGUUGGGAAAGGUGGCGCUGGAGCUUUUCGUGAUUAUUUUGCUAGGAUGCAAUACAAGCAUGAUGGGUUUUUUUAUUCUUUGGAUUUGGACGAUGAUGGCAGGUUGAGGAAUGUUUUUUGGGCAGACGCACGGAGUAGGGCAGCCUACAAAUAUUUUGGCGAUGUCGUCACUUUCGACACCACGUAUUUGACAAAUAGGUAUGGGAUGCCCUUUGCACCGUUUGUGGGUGUAAACCAUCAUGGCCAAUCAAUCCUUUUGGGGGCAGGAUUGAUUUCUAGUGAAGAUACUGAAACGUUUACAUGGUUGUUUGAGACUUGGUUGAAUUGUAUGGAUGGUAAUGCCCCGAAUGCUAUUAUCACAGAUCAAGAUAGAGCAAUGAAAAAUGCCAUUGCUGUUGUCUUUCCAAAUAGCCGACAUAGAUUUUGCUUGUGGCACAUAUUAAAAAAAGUACCUGAGAAGUUGGGUUCCCACAAUGCAUACAAAACCGGGUUGAAAAGUCAUUUGCUCAAGUGUGUGUAUGACUCACAGACCAUUGAGGAGUUUGAGAAAUGUUGGGAUGUGUUAAAUAUGACAUACAACUUGCAGGAGAAUGCCUGGUUGCAAUCAUUAUACACAGAACGUACUUAUUGGGUACCGGUAUUCCUUAAAAAAAUUUUCUGGGCUGGAAUGAGUACAACCCAACGAAGUGAGAGUAUGAAUGCUUUUUUUGAUGGAUACGUUCAUGCUAAGACAAAUUUAAAAGAGUUUGUCGAUCAGUUCGAUAAUGCAUUGAGGAAGAAGAUUGAGAAUGAAAAUGGGGCAGAUUUUCACUCAUUCAACUUCAGAAUCCCACUCGUAUCUGUCUCUCCAUUCGAGGAGAUAUUUCAGGAGUUGUACACAAACUCUAAAUUUAGAGAAGUUCAGCAAGAAGUAAUGGGGAUACUUGGUUGUCUUCCAAUUUUACAACAAAAGGAUGGUGUAAUUGCAACGUAUCAUGUAGAAGAUGAUGUCCGCCUUGAUGGUUUCAUCAAACAGGUUACCCAUUCUGUGUACUUUAAUGAAGUUGAGUGUGAGGUGAAAUGUUCAUGCGGAUUGUUUGAGAUGAGAGGUAUAUUGUGUAGACAUGUAUUUGCAACUUUGAAGGCUAACCGAGUUCGUUCGCUGCCUAAGAAGUACAUAUUGGACCGAUGGAGAAAGGACAUAAAAAGAAAAUACACUCUGAUAAGUAGCAAUUAUGAUGUAGUUGAUCCGAGGCCAGACGUGAGUAGAUUCUCACGUAUAAUGAAGAUAUGUGGUGACGUCGCAAGUAAUGCAGCUUCAUGUGAUGAGUAUGCUCAGGAUAUGAUUGACAAGUUGUAUGCAAUGAACGAGGUCUAUCUCAGCAACAAGCCGCCAAUCCAAAAUUGUUCCAAUAUUGUAGUUCCAACUGUAGAUACAACUAUAGGUACAAGUUCAAAGAAAGUAAUUAGUCCCCUUGUUGUGAGAGGUAAAGGUAGACCACCAUCUUUGAGGAGAGCUUCUAUAAUGGAGAAAGUGUGCAAGGCCAAGAUGAGAACGGCCAAACAAAAGGGAAAACAUAGACAACCACGUGGAGGAGAUACCGAAGUUGUUAACACGUGUAGGAAUUUGUUUGGCGAAGCAUUGGUUGGGACACAAGAGGGUGUUCCCAUUCAGAUGCAUCUUGGGGUGGAUGGAACACAACCGGAUAAUGAGGAUGGAGCACAGCCAAAUCUUGGGGAUUUUGGUUUAUGA